GAGUCACGUGAGGGAUAGGCGUCGUCGAGAGUCACAUGACGACGGGAAACCCGGAAAACGACUCGGGCGCAGUAUAAGGUCGGCCGAGAAGAGCGUUAAAUGCUGGAAGGGAGUGGAGUGAGCUGGCAAGUCAUAAUUUUUUGAGUAUCAUGGCAGAUGAUUUGAAAAGGUUCCUGUAUAAAAAACUACCAAGUGUUGAAGGACUUCAUGCUAUUGUAGUAUCAGACCGAGAUGGUGUACCAGUAAUUAAGGUUGCCAAUGAUAAUGCCCCUGAGCAUGCUCUUCGACCAGGUUUCUUGUCAACAUUUGCACUUGCGACGGAUCAGGGCAGCAAACUUGGGCUUUCCAAAAACAAAAGCAUAAUCUGUUACUACAACACUUACCAGGUGGUUCAGUUCAAUAAACUUCCUUUGGUAGUGAGUUUUAUUGCCAGCAGCAACGCCAAUACAGGUCUGAUUGUAAGUCUGGAAAAAGAGCUGGCUCCGUUGUUUGAAGAACUGUGGCAAGUGGUUGAAGUCUCGUAACUCAGUAUUUAUGUCUAGAGCACAGCAAGGGUUUAAUAUGAAACAGGGAAAGAUUCAGUCAUUUUCACACUGUACAAUGAAUGUCUUGGAGGAAAUGUCACUUUUUCUUAAUUAUAUGUUAAAAACUGUACUGGAUAAUAAGGUAAGAUUGGGAUAAAUGGGCUGUAGCUUUUCCUGUAUAUCUUAGGCUGCUGGGUAUAUUAGUGAGCAUAACAACUCCCAUGGAGUUAACUUCAUGCUAGCACAUAUUUCAUAGUAGAAAAAAUACCUUUUGUGUAUAAAAUGCCAUCCACAACUUUUCCACUGUACCAGCAAUAUGUUGCCUCUGUUUAGAUAAAUGGAGACUAGUGCAAACAUACAUUUUACAGUCAAAUCUUCCUUUAUGCUUAGAAGAAGAACAUUAUUGGAAAAAUGAUAUGCAAUCAAUGGUUCUUUGUUUGGAUAACAGAAUUUUAAACUUCAAGGUAGCUAUUUGUAAACAAGUAGCUAUAUGCUAGUUGUUUUUGCAGAGUUCAAAUUAAUCAAUGCAUUGUCUUUCUGUAUUCUUGGUAAAUCUGAUGUUUUGAAUACAUGUAAUUAUGAUACUUUGCUGACUUAUCUGGCUUUGUAUAUUCCUAAGCAAAUCUGAAUAAAAGAAACAGGCAAGGUGUAUAGUCUGAUCAUUAUCACAGAGAUAGAUGCAAAGCAACAUUAUUGCUGUCUUUAAUCUCAGUAUGUUGAUUUAUACAGUACUGUUGCCUUGGAUUAAGAAAAAAGGCAGGGAAACCUAACUCGGAAUAUUUUUUAAAUGAGAGAAAGAAUUUUGAAAGUUGGAAAGUAUAAGAAUCAUAACACAUAAAAAGGAAUAUUCUAUAUAUGGAAGAAACCCACUUUGACAGGACAUUAACAGCUACAUAUAUGACUGCACUCUAACAAAUAGGCUUCAAGUGAAGAACAGAUCAGGCAUAUAGGUGGAGUCUAGACCAGAGCAUUUUUUGUCAAUCAUGGCAGCUUUCAGAUGUGUAAACUUCAUCUCCCAGAAUUCCCUAGCCAGAUGGCUAUUAUGGAGAAAUCCAGAAUUUGAAAUGUACACCUCUGGAGAUUGCCAAGAUUGAGAAUAAGUAGCUGAUGUCCAAGAUCCAUUCUAACUUUUACAUAUUAUGAUUUGGAAAUUGUCACAGUUAAGGAACAUUGAACCAAGAGAAUAAACAAGUAUUUCCCCCCCCCCAAAAAAAUUCGAAAUCUCAUUUGAAUUAAGAGCAGUCCCUAACCCUAGCCUCAGAGCCCCCAUUGA